AUGGAAGAGGAUACGCUACCUCAUUUUUCAGGCAUCGCGGAUAAUGUGGCAUCACAUCAGAGAUGUGAAAACUUCAUUUUUGACAGUAUCACUGAGGAAAACUCCUUCCAAGAUUUGACCACAUAUCCUAACACUCAAAAUCCAUCAAAACCACCUGGAAUGUCAGAGUUAAAAAAGAAAAUGGAGACUGGUAAAGAAGGCUCAAUCACCUUAAAGAGCAAAUUGCUUGACGCCCCAAUUAUAAAUGAAUAUGCUGAUACCCAGCUACAUAACCUGGUAAGAAUACAUGAAAGAACUGCCAUUUACAAGAGAAACUUGACAGAGGCAGAAACAUCCUCACCUGAAGCCAGCCUGCAGGAUGCAAAAUCCAUAGCUACAUCUUCAAUAAAAGAGAGGAAUUCUGAGCUAAGAAAAGAACGUUGCUGUAGCAUGUUGUGUUACAGAUUCCAGAAGGCACCUGUGACAGAGUACCUGAAAAGAAUGCAACUACCAAGAAGCAUAGAUUCCUACACAGACCAGCUCUAUCUCCUGUGGCUCUUGCUGGUCACUGUUGCCUAUAACUGGAACUGUUGGCUGAUACCACUGCACCUCGUCUUUCCCUAUCAAAUCCCAGACAACAGACACUAUUGGCUUAUUGUGGACAUCAUAUGUGAUAUCAUGUACCUUGGUGAUAUGUUAUUAAUCCAGCCCAGACUCCAAUUUGUAAGAGGAGGAGAAAUUAUCGUAGAUUCAAAUGAACUGAAGAGACACUACUUGAGUUCUUCAAAAUUUCAGCUGGAUGUUGCAUCCAUAAUACCAUUUGAUGUUUUCUACAUUGUUUUUGGAUUCAAUCCAGUAUUUAGAAUGAACAGGAUAGUAAAGUACACUUCAUUUUUUGAGUUUAAUCAUCGCCUAGAGUCUAUAAUGGACAAAGCAUACAUCUACAGAGUCAUUCAAACAACUGGCUAUUUGCUGUUUAUUCUACACAUCAAUGCCUGUGUUUAUUACUGGGCUUCAAACUAUGAAGGAAUUGGCACAACUAAAUGGGUCUAUAAUGGUGAAGGGAACAAAUAUCUAAGAUGUUAUUAUUGGGCAGUUCGAACUUUAAUUGCUAUUGGAGGCCUUCCUGAGCCACAAACUUCAUUUGAAAUUGUUUUUUAACUCUUGAAUUUUUUUUCUGGAAUUUUUGUGUUCUCCAGCCUAAUUGGUCAGAUGCGCGAUAUAAUUGGGGCAGCGACAGCCAAAAAGAACAGCUUCCAUAUCAUGGACCAUAUCACUGCCUACAUGAACAAAUAUUCCAUUCCUCAAAGUGUGCAGAAUCGAGUUCGGACUUGGCUGAAAUAUACAUGGAACUCUCAAAGAAUACUAGAUGAAUCCAGCUUGCUUGAGAACCUGCCAACAGCAAUGCAGUUAUCUCUUGCCAUUGACAUAAACUUCAGCAUCAUCAACAAAGUGGAAUUGUUUAAGGGUUGUGAUACCCAGAUGAUUUAUGACAUACUGCUAAAAUUGAAAUCCAUUGUUUUACCUGGUGACUUUGCCUGCAAAAGGGAAGAAAUUGGUAAGGAGAUGUACAUCAUCAAGCAUGGAGAAGUCCAAGUUCUUAGAGGCCCUGAUGGUUCUCAAGUUCUGGUUACUCUGAAAGCUUAAGCAGUGUUGGGAGAAAUCAGUCUUCUGGCAACAGGAGGAGGAAACCGUCGAACUUCUGACGUGGUAGCCCACAGGUUUGCCAAUCUUUUAACCCUGGACAAAAAGGCUCUCCAAGGAAUUCUUCUGCAUUAUCCAACUUCUAAAAAGCUCCUCAUGAAAAAGCCAGUUCUUCUAAACCAAAAGGGUAAAGUCACAGAGGUAGCCCCUCCAAGAAGACUUGCCUUUCUCUUUCCAACAAAAGAAGAGAUGCCCAAAAUGUUUAAACUUCUCCUGGGAAUCACAGGAAAGAGAGACCUUGGAAGACUCCUCAAAGGAAAGAGAGACCAAACGGCUCAGGAGCUCAAUGUAGUGAAUGCACAGUUCAUCAGAACAAAGGCAAAAACUCCAAAGGAAGAAAAAGUAAAGAAAAAGUAUAUGAAGAUAAAGGACGGACUAGAACCAGCAGAAACACCAGGCAGAUCCAAGUGCAGAGCAAGUUAUAGCACAGUGGAAGAAAGAUCCCAGUCCAUUAGAAAGACAGUUUUACCCAGAACAACAUCCGGUCAAUCGCUCAUCAUCAGCAUGGUUCCUGCUACCGAAGCCGGGAAAGAGGUGCCGACCAUUGAAGUCAAAGAAAAGGCUAAGCAGUAA